AACAAUGUUCAUUUUAACGAAGCCAGUUCGUAGACCAAUCAAUUUGCCCAAGCCCAGAGUCUCGCUCUGGUGAAGCUCGGGCACAGGCCGUCGGCCACCUCCAUCGCGGUCGCCGGUUUCAUCUCCGUCUGUGAUCCAACACAACUACACCGCCUCCGCUACCUCAAUUAGCCUUUACUCUGUAACCUUCUUUUUCCGUUUUUCCUCCACGGCUCAAAAUUCUGCUUCGAAGGAAAGCAAUGCCAGCAAAGAAGCGUGCUCCGGAGUCAUCUGAGGAUGAUUCUCUCAAACUCGACCAUGGUUGCUCUGCUGCUCGCCCUGAAGAUGGAGAUGCAGACGAAUCCGAUCGGAGCACAUCGUCGUCCAGUAAUGGAGAGAAGGAUGAAUUUAUCGUUGUAAAACUUUCGGAUAUUCGCAAAGAAGUUCAAUGUCCAAUCUGCUUGGGGAUUAUUCGGAAAACAAGAACAGUGAUGGAGUGCCUGCAUCGCUUCUGCAGAGAAUGCAUUGACAAAUCUAUGCGUUUGGGCAACAACGAAUGUCCCGCCUGCCGCACACAUUGCGCUAGUCGCCGCUCACUGAGAGAUGAUCCAAAUUAUGAUUCUUUAAUUGCUGCUUUAUAUCCAGAUAUUGAGAAGUAUGAAGAAGAUGAGCUGGCUUUUCGAGAAGAAGAGAGAAUCCGCAAUAAGCAGAUUCAAGCUUCCAUAGCUCAGACCUUGCGUCGACAAUCUGAGGCAGUUAGCAAGAAACGCCCUCCAUCUGUUAGAAGAUUGCGGGGAAAUAACUACAGGAACAGCCAAUCAAAGGGGAAAAGGAGCUACAGAAAUGAUGCUGAAUUUCCAGCAUCUGACGACAAUGAGGAUCCAACAGCUGAAGAUGGAGUCAAAGAUUCUUCUUCUGAUGAACAGAUGGAGCGGUCCGAGCGGAGAUCAAAAGGAUUCAGGAAACAAGGAGCUGCCAAGUUCUCCCAGCCUCCUUUUGCUGCUUGUUCAGAUGGAGCUGGUGAAGACAAUGACUCGGAUCAAGUAAAUAGAGAAAUCCUUAGUGCAUCUUCAAGGCUUGUGGGAAACUCAGAGAGGCUUGUUUGGGGCAAAGGGGGCAUGCGCAGCCACACAAGACAUGGCUGCAUGAGUGUUGGGAGCAGCAAGAACGUCAAAAACAACCGCAUCUCAACACUGGUAGAUUCCCUUCGGACUUCAGACAACAAUGCUGAGGAGCGUGAAGUCUGCCUGCUGUUAUUUUCCUAUGAUCAAAGAAUAAUUCCCAGUUUGCAGCUACCCUAUAUCUGCUGUCGGCCAACCUCGUCAGUCCGACACCUUUGUCAGUACGUUGCUGGUCAGACUGGAUUUCAAGCUGAUGAAAUAGACAUGUUCUUGAUACAAGAACUAAACCUCAAAAUCGAGCCUUCGACCUCGAUUGAUGUUUUAGUUUCAAAAUCCUUGAUUCCACAUCCUAUUGAAGAUCAUUUUCAAGUUUUGAGGGAACAACAAACCUUAGCAGAGCUGAAAACCCACUGCUCCACUCGUGGCCAACUGCUUCUGGCAUAUCAGAAGAAGCCGCGUCAAUCACAGUAGGGCUGACGGCUGAGGACGACUUAAAACAACAAGCAACCUCGUCUCCAUCAACCCAGAAAAUCCAUGUAAAAAGCUUAUAUUUUAAUGUUAAAUGUCCCAAUAAUUUACUAAACUUGGACGCUCUAAAAUCGUGGGUGACUAUACCAAGUACAACUCCUUGUCGAUAAUGCUUUGCUCAUAAUCAUUCAAAUAUUUAUUAGGCAGUCUAUUCUA